AGACAGGAAGAGUAGGAGGCUGGGUCUUGUUUGAGGUCGGUGGGAAAGACCCCAGCCUACUCUGGCCUGUCGCUCUGCCUGCACAUUCAAGAUCUGCUUCCCUGGACCCUUCUAGGAGCCGUUCACGUCCCCUAGGUCUUGCAGACAUUGCCAAGACCCCCCACCCACUUAUCACCCGACCCAGGCACCUCUGCCUUGGAGUCCCUUUAUCAACCACACACGCGCCACACACUUACCUGAGGCCAUGCUGCCUAAGUCAGGAGUGGCACCAGAAAGGCAGCCUACGAAAGUCUGCACAGCGAGGGAGCCGGGCUGAGGAGGGGAGAGGGCCCCCACCGGGGCGAAGUCGUGCCACUGGCCCCUGCACCCGCACUGAGAAGCGGGAAGGAAGGCAGGGUUUUCAAAAUGGCCAGCUGGCCGGGGGGCGGACUCCCGCCGACUUCAGCGGCCAGACUGACCUCAGGAGACCCCGGAGUCGCGACCCUAAGCCUGCACUCAAGAGGAAACAGGCCACGUGCUCCCCAGAAAACCGGACCCGGAAUUCGCCUAGGGUUCUUUCACCACUUUCUGAGAAUCAAUUAGGGAUCCGGCUCCCGUGGCCCGGCUACCGGGGAGUCACGCAACAGGUGCGACCCCGCCGAAACCUUCCGGGCUGCGCGCCAAUCUCGCCUACCCCAGGCCCCGCCAAAUCCGCGGCCACGCCCCGUUCGGCCACGCCUCUGGCCUCCUGGCCACGCCCCAACCAUUUUCCCUGUUCCCUUACGCCACGUGGGCAGCCUCCGGACCAGGGUUGGCCUUGGCUUGGCCCUUUGGUCAUGGGCGAUUUCUGUGCGUCAGUUUCCUCAUCAGUCAGAUGGGAUGAGGCAAUGGAAACACCUCAUCCAAAGGAGUUACUGAGGACUGAAGAAAAGGAAAAAUUUAAGAGCCAGAGGGAACGUCCCUUCUUGGAGGAGACAGCAGAAAUGGGGAGUGGCAUCAGUGCUGAGGACAAAGAACUUGCCAGGAGGUCCAAGGAGCUGGAGAAGAAGCUGCAGGAGGAUGCUGACAAGGAAGCCAAGACUGUCAAGCUGCUGUUGCUCGGUGCGGGCGAGUCAGGGAAGAGCACUAUCGUCAAACAGAUGAAGAUCAUUCACCAGGAUGGCUACUCACCCGAAGAGUGCCUAGAGUUCAAGUCUGUCAUCUAUGGGAACGUGUUGCAGUCCAUCCUGGCCAUCAUCAGAGCCAUGUCCACACUAGGCAUUGACUAUGCAGAGCCAAGCUGUGCGGAUGCCGGGAGACAGCUCAACAACCUGGCUGACUCCACCGAGGAGGGGACCAUGCCUCCUGAGUUGGUGGACGUCAUCAGAAAGUUGUGGAAGGACGGUGGAGUUCAAGCCUGCUUUGACAGAGCUGCAGAGUUCCAGCUCAAUGACUCGGCAUCUUACUAUCUGAAUCAGCUGGACCGGAUUACAGACCCUAACUACCUCCCUAGCGAGCAGGACGUACUUCGAUCCAGAGUCAAGACAACAGGCAUCAUCGAGACCAAGUUUUCUGUUAAAGAUUUGAAUUUCAGGAUGUUUGAUGUGGGAGGGCAGAGAUCAGAGAGGAAGAAAUGGAUCCACUGCUUCGAGGGAGUCACCUGCAUCAUUUUCUGUGCGGCCCUCAGUGCCUACGACAUGGUGCUGGUGGAGGAUGACGAAGUGAAUCGCAUGCACGAGUCUUUGCAUCUGUUCAACAGCAUCUGCAACCACAAGUUCUUUGCGGCUACAUCCAUCGUUCUCUUUCUCAACAAGAAGGACCUCUUUGAGGAAAAAAUUAAGAAAGUCCACCUCAGUAUCUGUUUUCCGGAGUAUGACGGAAACAACUCCUAUGAGGAUGCCGGGAAUUAUAUCAAGAGCCAGUUCCUUGACCUCAACAUGAGAAAAGAUGUCAAAGAAAUCUACAGUCACAUGACCUGUGCUACAGACACACAGAACGUCAAAUUCGUGUUCGAUGCAGUUACAGACAUUAUCAUCAAAGAAAACCUCAAGGACUGUGGGCUCUUUUAAUGCUCAGUUCCUCGAAUAUACAUUCUAUAAGCAAGCUUAGAAUCUGAGGCUUCAUGCAGAAAACUAGUCAGCAUGUACCAGAAUGUGUCAAAUAAGCCCAUCCUGUUGGUGAUAGAGAAGGCAUGCUCAGGACUGUUAGCAGUGUGGCCAGUUCACUGUAAAGAAGGCAUGGCCAGCGACCCUAACGCCCAGGUUCCAGUACUGGUUCUGCUUAGCACAAGAACAGAAAUGCUUCAUCUCUACGAUGCAAAGGUCCCAGUCUAUAUGAUGAAGGUAACUUCCCCGCCUACUUCACAGGGUCACUCUGAAGAGCACAGACCUAACUGAAGGGGAGGCCCAGGGUAGCUGGCUGCUGUGAUUGGCCACAGAAAGCAGCCAUGACAGCUGCCUUCCAUACUUGGUUAUUAGAAGAAACCAUCCCAAAGACUAACAGCAAGCCUUCCUUACGUUGAGCGAUAAAGUAUUAAAAAUUAAACCUGCCCCUGUGGUUUUACUGGUCCGAUGUAUGUGCCUCAGCUCAGAGACCCAGAUUACAGGAGAGAAGACGCGAGCCUGCUUAUUUCUAAGGAACUCACUCAAAAAAUGAUCAUCUUUAUUAAAAACAAUUUUCCCUCUCCC